AUUAUUGUUAAAUAAUAAUAUCGGUCUACGUCUACUUAUUAAUACCCGCAUACGUUACCGAGUCGUCGGAAAACAAACAGUAAAUUUCGAUCUUAAACGAGAACGCGGUAAUGCUUCUGUCUGACCUCCGAUCAUCGCGCUAAAAAGACGCUACAAUGCUAGUGGUAAGUGAUAUUUUGUUAUGAAAUUGAAACGAUAAAAAAUUUAACAAAAAAACAUAAAUAAAUAAACGUAUGAACCUAUACACAAAAUUGUAUAUAUGUAUAUUAUAUAUACUAGUGCUGAGCAAUAUUUUGACCAAUCCGAAUCUCAGAUCCCAUCCGUUCAUUUGUCUAAAAUGGGCUAGAUACUAAAUAGUACUAGGUACCAUCAAACGAGACAACUUGGAACAUUCAAAUGGAUAUUAUAUCAAUCGAUUUAAAUAAAUGAUUUGUAUAAUCUAAAAUUGAUACCCACAAUUUGGAUUGAUAAUCAUAAUCCUGAUUGGUAACGUUUGUUUAAAUUCGGAUUUGGCAUACAGCUCUAAUGUAUAGGUAUAUAUAGCGGCAAAUAAUCAAAUAAUAACCGAUAAUUUUUUUUUUUUUUUUUUUAUCACACAUGUGUGCGUUUUAACACCCACCAGACCUGAUCGAAUAAUUAAAAUAAUAAAAUCACGAAUGAAAAAUUCCACAGUAAAAUAUCGUAUACAUACAUAGUGUAGAAACAAUGUAUAUUAUAUAGAGACUAGAGAUAAAGUCUGUGUCAGAAAUUUAUAUUCAAAAGUAGUUUUAACCCGGUUUCUCUUUUUUUGGAAUAAUACAUUACUGGGUAAUGUAAUACUACUGAGUGUAAUAUUACUAAGUAAUUACAGACCAAUACUACAUAGUUGUGUUCCUGUACGCUUUAAUGCGCGUACAAAUAAAACUGAAAAAUCCAUCUCGUACGCGUAUUUGUAUCGUACUUAAUACGUUAAACGUUUUAUUAUUGUCUUGAUCGCUCAAAUUUUAAUAACGUUAUGUCAUUAUAGGAGAUUUUUUAAAAAAAAUAAAAAUAAAAAAGUACCACUAACCUAUGAUUAUUAUCAUUCCAAAAAAAAAAAAAAAUAGUGACAGUAUUCAUCUCUAUGAUUAUUUUUAACUGAAUUAACCAUAAAAAAUGACGGAACAAUUUUUCCCCAUUUGUUUCCCAAUAAAUAAGAAUACUGUAAGAAUAAUCAAAAAUUAACUUUCAUAACGCGUCAAAUAGACAAAAUUGAAUUUCAGAAAAGCUGUUACACUUAAAAAUCGGAGCGAAAUUUCUGCUAAAAAAGUUCCUCGCGGCGCCCAGAAUCUAAAAUAACAGAAUUAACUGUCGCGUAUAUUUUCCCAGUUUUUCCAAGUUUUUGAGAAAACUACUAACAAAAUUAAAAAAUGACCUGCUCAAUACAUAAACUCAACACUAAACAAUUUUUUAUACCAUACAGUUGAUGGAAUAAAUAAAUUGAAAACACACACAAUAAUAAAAUCAAAAAACGCUCAAUAUCUAAAAAAAAAAAUUUUUUUCAUAAACAAAUUAAUUUUGACCAUCACAAACAUUUCUUUUUUUUUUAAAUCCAAUAUAAAUAUUACAAUAAUAAAGUAGUUUUGAUGCAAUCGUCACGAAUAUUUAUUUCGCUAAUAUAAAUUUACAUUAUUUAUUUAUCUAUUCAAUUUCGACGUUACGCCUAUAUUAAUGUCUUUGUAAAAGUAAUGACGUAAAUCGGGGAACACGUGGGUAGAUAUUACACAAGUAUCGAUUUUGAAAAAAAAAAAAAAAAUGUUAAUAAUAAAACUAAUUGUAAAAAAAAAUAUUCCAUUGACUGAAUACUUGCUGGGUUUUAGGGGUGAAACAUAAUAGUAUAUAGUGACUACUCAAUAAUUCUAAGAGUUCACGGUUAGCUAAGAGGGGACGCUACAUAAUAUAGCGCCGAGUGCGUGACGUGCUGAAUCGACGAUUUUUUUAUCAAAGAAGAGGACUACUUGAAUUCCGCUGAUUGCGUUCCCAGACUAUACGCGUUCCCCUACAUUAUAUUUCUCCCCUUCUUUGAUGCCUUAACCACGUCUCAGUCGUGUGAUAUCGUGAUGAACACAUAAUAUUACAAUAUAAUCCUACUAAAAUUAUAAAUGCGAAAGUUUGGAUGUUUGUGACUCAAUCACGCAAAACUGGCUGAACGGAUUUGAAUGAAAUUUGGCACACAAUUAGAAUAUGUUUUAGACUACCACAUAGAAUACUUAUUAUGCCGAAAUUCAAUCUCAACGAAGAGUGGUUAAUACAGAGUUUUUGGUAUUUUCGAAACUAAAAUAGAAUUAUUUUUGGGCUACUUUAAUGAAACGAACGAAAAAGCGUUAUUAUUAGGUUAUUUGGUCGUCGUGAACAAAGAAACACCCUUAAAAACAACAAAUUACCUGAUAACAAUGGUUAACUGCGAUAGGUAUGGAGUGGUAACGGGGAAUCACGAGGAAACACGUUUUUAUUUUAUUAAAUUUUGUUCGUUCAAUAAUGUGCACGGGCAAAUCCGUAUGAGACAGCUAGUAUUAUAAAUAUAAUGAUGAUUGUGUAAAACAUAACGAGGCGUGCGUUAAAAAAUGAACAUAUGAUUUUUAUUUUUCAAUACUUUACUAGGAGUAUUAUUACUAGGCAUUUAAAUAAUACGUUCAAAUUAAAUGUAUACAAACACAAGUUUGUGAAUAAUCAAAUUAUACUUAAAGAUCGCCAAAAUUCUUUUAAAAUCCAAAUCAUCAGAGAAUGGUUUGUAAAAAUCCAAAUUCCAAUCUCCAAAGUUUAUACAGACAGUUAAGAGAUUGGGCGUCCUACUAUACAUCCUAAUACAGAAAAAAUCUCAUCUCGACUUAUAUAUAAUAUUCAUUUAGUCCAUUUGUGCUUUUCUCCAUAGUUCUAGGUUCAAAUGAUAAUUAUAGUCACUUAUCUAAUAAACUAUAAUAAGAAAAAUUAGUGUAAUUUAUUACUUGUAUAUAGCUGUGGCAUCGAAAUUCAUUGAAAUAGUAUAAGGAUUUUAAUCCUUCCGAGUUAUCAUAUUUCGAGUUUUAACUUUUAAUUUCGCUUGAUAUACUUAUUUUCAAUAUUUAAAUUAAAUUGUAUACAUUUGCAAAAAUCAUAUCAUCCAAAAUGCUCACGGUUCGUAACUAAUUUAUAGGGUAUCUAACCUAGUAAAACAUUCUGUUUUUAGAUUCCGAGCGUAUUGAGGGAGCUAUUGGUUUUACUAUGCUCUUUAUUUUUUUGUUCUUUAUUGUAUAUUGCAUUAGAAUCGAAAAUCUGUAUUGACUGUCACCAUAAUAUACAUAAAAAUCCUUGAGCAGAUGACACUAUAUCGUCUUUGUGUUUCUAACAGGCGACUUAGCAAAACACCAGUUUUUUCGUCUUUAUCCCAUCACUCAUGAGUAGAGUCAGCUGUAAUUCAUAUUUUCGCCCUCGAAAUCUUCCUAUACUUAUUAUCGUUUGCAGUGAUUUCUAAUAAAACGAAUAAAUUAAGUUCGCAUUGACUGCAACUCCGAAAGUAGAUUCUAUUUUAGAUUCCGAGCGUAGGGAGCUAUUGGUUUUACUAUGCUGUUUAUUUGUAUUAUUUUUCUCUUUGUUCUAGUUUGUAGACACGUUUUUUUCUGGUAAACUUGCUCCGAUCUUUACGAACCACAACUUUUCUGAAAGUUCAAGUUGUCUAUAUUGUACUAUAAACAGGUAAUUUUUUUGAUUUCAUUUAUUAAAUAAAAGCAAUUAAGUGGGAAAAAACUUAGGAAAACGUACAAUUUCACGAUUUCAUUAUUUUAUAAUAACACGGACGACGUUUUUUACCAGAAAAAAUGAUUUAAUCGAAAAAUCACAAAAUACCUUUUUUUUUUGUCCUUUUGAUUUACUUUCUUACGGUAUCAUUGCUAAAACUUUUCAGCAAAUAUUGAGUUUUUUAAGGAAUUUUAAUUUUUGGGAGUUUUUUUUUUGUUGUAAUUGGAUUAUUAAUACACGUAGAGACUUGAAACACGGUAAUAUUAUUUGUAUUGGACUUAUCUAGACGUGGUAUAAUUUUCAAAAUCUUUAGAUGACUUUUUUUUUGUAAUGAGUAUUUUGAAACCAAAUUUAACUAAACGAAAAUCGCAAAAAAACCGUCGGCCAAGUAUUAUUGAUUUCUAUAAUAUAGAUAACAUUAAAAAAUAAUUUACAGCAAAAAUGUUUAAGAAUGUUUACUGAAAAUAUAAAACAAUUGUGGUAAUAGGUACUUCACUGUUAUUAUUUGUUUGUGAAGAAAACACACCAAUACGAUUUUACUAAUAAUACAGCAUUAAUAUGAUAAGAAUUAUUUUACUACUAGCAUAUUAAAAUAUAUAAAAAAUAAACCGACGAUUUCAUAUGUAAACUUAUCAACAUGUACUUUUUUAAUUGUUGUUAGCUAUUUUUAUUUUAUUCCAGUAGACAAAAUUGGUGUAUUAAACAAAUUGCUCAAAUUGUUCGGGUACUGUAUCACAAUGCCCAGAUACUGUGUACAAUGUCCGGAUUUCCUACUUUGCCCGCAAUAUAUAUAUGUAUAUAUAUAUAUAUAUAUAUGCAAAAAUUUAGUAUUGCUAGAAAAGUGUCAUCAGAUACAAAAAUAAAUAUAAAAUAACUUCAUGGUAAGAUAAAUGGAGUAGGAUAUAAGCAUGUGUAUAAUAAUUUUACUAUUACUCUUCUCAUAAAACUAAGGCCCCGCCAAAAUUAGUGCAUAGAGCCUAGAUUUUUUCGAAGCUGGCCCUGGCACUCCGUGCAAUUACGCUGCGUCGUCCAAACAUAUAAAUAUCAUUAAUAAUUUAUUAUGUAUAAAAUUUACACUCGUAUAAAUAAUAAAUCAAUGUUUUGAUAUUUGUUAUUUUUCGACCUAUAAAUAGAUAUUGAAACAAAUAUUGUUCUUGGCCAACAGUACUGGAAAACGGCUUAUUUUUUCUCCCGCGUAGGUAUAGAUGAGAUUCAAAUAGAAAAUCCAUUUAACAAAUAUUACAAUUGUAUAUAUAAAAUCAUUUUUUCCUUUUAUUAAAUAUUAUAAUUUUUUAUCGAUACUAAUGGAUUUCCCGCAACAGUUUAAUAUUUGAAGACGUUGAAUAAUAAAUUAGUAUAAGAAUAUUUCACAACUGUAAUAAAAGCCUUUGCUAGUUUGCUACCUAUUACAUUCAAACUCAAUAUAAUUAUUAUUAUAUUUUACAGAAUGAGCUCAAUAUACAAUAUAUGCAUACUUAAGUAAAACAUUUUUAACAAAAGCAUAUUUGGGCAUGCUUCACAACAUGAAUAUUUCACUGAAGUUAAAUAUUUUGGUAGAUAUAGAAUAUAUGGUAAUUCAGUACGCAAAGAUAAAUCAUUGCAAACUAAAAAUGACUCUGAAUAGAGUAGUGUCAGACAAUAUUCGUAUUUUUAUCAUGCUUUGUAUUAAGUUUUAAUAAAAAGAAAUGUUAAAUUUUAAUCGAUUUUUGACCUACUUCCCGUUGUUCAAUUAACCUAAAAUUUUGACAAGCGAAUAUACGAUCAUAUUUUCGAUGACAAUAUAGUAAUCAAUAAUCAGAUUUUCCAUUUUCACUCCCGUUUUAAAAUGGGAUAAAAUAAGUUUCACCCUAUAUGGCCAUUGGAAAAAAAAUGUCAAAAUAUCGAAAAACUUUAGAGUACUUUCGGUAAAGUAUGAAAUAAAUUAAAAUUAAAAAGCUUAAAGAACUGAUAUUGUCUGAUGCAUCUAUUAGUUACUAUGGUAAGUGAAAAUUAUGAAAGAUACGAUACAUAUAAUUAUUUAAUUUAUAUCUGUACACAACGAUAAAUCAUUGCUAAUGAAUAGUAUGGUUAUGAAAGCCUAUGAAAUUCGGUAAUACAUUCAGAGGAUUCAGUCGAUUGAACUCAGAACAUUCAAAUUGUUUUAAUAAAUUUGGGUUACCAAUUUAGGUUACAGACUAAACUAGUAUGGAUACAGAGAUGAAAUAUUUUUUUUGUAUUUUGAUCCACUAGACUUUAUAAAGAAAAAGCUUCGAAGACAGGAAAUAUAGUCAUGAGAAGGAGAUAACGGAUUUUUAAUUUCAAAGGACGAUAGCUGAGAAAUUUUCUUUGAAUAUAAUUAUUACUUAUUAUAUUUACUCGAUUUAAAACCAAAAAAGCAUUGCAAAUAAAAUAAAAAUAUGAUAAAGGUUAUUUAAUUUAAAACCAGAUGGCGCUCCAAGUAUCGCAAAAAUCGUUCAUAAAUAUGUAUUCAUGUAUAUAUAGACCUAUAUAUGUGUAUGUACAUAUAUUCAAAUCAAAAACAAAAAAAUAAAGUUGUUUACACAAGUUGUUAACUUUUCAGAAAUUAGAAUCGAUUAUCUUUAAAUCAGAAACCUCUUUUCCUAAUAUCAAAUCAAUCAAUGUUUAUACGGAGCACACAUCACUCAACCUAUAUAGGUACCUAUUAAUAUUUCUUAAGGAUGGUAAAGAAUUUUUCAGUGUUUUACUGAAUAAUAAUGUAUAAAACACAUUUAUGAAUAAAAAUUAUUAACUACAGACAAGAUAACUUGGAUGGACCAUCAUUAAACGAAUGACAAUUUUUUUUAUAUAUAUUAAUAACUAAUCUCAAAGUACCUACUUUUAUUAAGUAGAUUAGGUACGGGUUAGUUGAUAUAGGUGAUGCGCUAUACAAUUCAAUCAAUAAAAAAUAUACAUUUUAAGUUCAGUUGAUAGUGUUGCUUUGUCAAGAAUAUAUAUGUCAUUAUGUCAUACUAUAGUAAAAUUAUAACAACAAUGUGCGUUUCCAUGACAACAAUGUUUAUUUAAAAAAGAUUAAAAUAAUAAAAACUUAAUAAUAACAAAAAAUAAAUAAAAGCGGGUGUCAAUGACAACCUUAAUUUUAAUCUUCCAAUAUUUUUCGACCUAAAGAACCAGGUUUUACUCAUUAUCUCGAAUAUUAAUGAGAAUUUCAAAAAAUAACCUCUUUGAAGUACCACCCGGAGAACAUUUCCUUUCAAAAGAGGUGCUAUAAUUGAUAAUCGGAGUAUGCUUUCUGGUAGAAAGUAUUCACAUUUUUAAUUCACACAAAAAUUUUAAAAAAUAAAUAAAUACCACUGUAAAACCAAUACAUUCCUCGCUCCACUCAGAAACUAAAAAGAAAUCAAAAUAAGGGGGUAUUUUUUCAAUAUAAUGUUAUUAUUUCCAUAAUCUGAAUUAUCGGUACGCCUGUACGGCUAUAUAUAAAUAUAAUCGUAGAUUUCAUAAUAACAUUAGUCAGAUCUCAAAUAUAACAUAAAGUCAGGUCUUAGGUUAUAUUCCGCCAUCCAGUCCUAUCAGUUAUUACAAUGAUAAUAGCCAAGCAAUAGGAUAUGUUUUAUCUUCUAUUGGCAAAAAGGCUCGAAUCAUUUAAUUAGGUGACUACAAUCUUCCGAAUAUAUUUAUUUCUAGUAGUAUUCAUGGUUUUAUUUGCAACGGUGUUCGAUCAGAUAAAUCUAAUAUUCUAAUAAACUUCUUUUCGUUUUUUGGAUUAUGCUAACACAGUACGGUGGUAAAUGAAUCUGGUUCUUAACUUGACUUCAUUUUCUCAAACGAUAUUAAUACAUCUGCCAAUAAAUUGAAUUCAAUGGAGCUUAUACCUUUGGAUAAUUGUCAUCCAAUAUUGAAUAUUUCUAAUGUAUUAAAAUGUCCUAUAGCAUCAACUAAUGAAGAUUCUAAUUUAGGGAUUUUAAUAAAGCCAAUUAUAAAUUAAUCUAUGUAGCACUGAAUUUAAUUGAUUAGAACCAUUUAUUAUCGCAUAUAGAUAUUGACACCACCGUAACUUCCCUUUAUGAAAUAAUUAAUGGUAUAAUUGACAAAUAUAUACCUAAGCGCUAUUUAGGUAAGCAUCGCUAUGCUGAUUGGUUUAAUGCGGAACUACGUAAAAUUAUUCAAUCAAAAAACUCUGCCUAUAGAGCUUUUGAAAUUGUUGGUAAUGUGUGUGAUUAGGAUUCUUUUUUUAACCUCAGGGCCCAGUGCAAAUUAAAAACUCGAUACUGCUACCAUGAUCACUUACAACGCAUUCAAACCAUUUAAGAGAUAACUCACACUAUUUCUAGAAAUUUAUAAAAAGCAGGAAAAUUAAUGACUUGCCUACCUCAAUGCAUUUUAAAAAUAAUACAGCUAAUGACUCGGUGGCAAUCGCUGAUUUAUUCAAAACCUAUUUUUUUUCGGUUUAUUCAGCUCCGCUAUCUGGGAAUAAUUUCAAUAGCAAUGUUAUACCUAUUAAUAAUUGUGUUAUUUCUUGGCUCAACUUUUCUCUGGCAGAUAUUUGUAUAGCUUUAAGUCAGAUAGGUGACGAUCAGGUACCAGGUCCAGACUCAGUUCCAGAUAUUUUCUAGAAAAACACCCAUUAUUCUGUAGCUUAUCUAAUUUUUAUUUUGUUUAACUGAUAUCUAAAUGUUAGUAUUCAUCCUAAAGCCUAGAAAUCAUAUUUCGUGACACCUAUUUGGAAAAAAGGCGACCAUCCAGCCAUUAAUAAUUAAUCUCUAAAGUAAGUGCGUUACCCAAAUUAUUCUCAUCAAUAAAUUAAUAAUGUAUUAGCCGACGAACAACAUGGAUUUUCGUAAAAAUAAAUCAAUCAAUACCAAUCUAGUAUUAUACUACCAAUUUUUAAUAGACAAUAUUGCUGAUGGAAACCAAGUUGAUGCAGUAUAUACCAACAUAAAAAAGCAUUCGAUUCAGUCGACCAUAAAUCAUUAUUAAAUAAGCUUAGAAAUAUUGGUUUCACAAAUUAUUAAAAUAAAGAGUAAGGUCCUUUCCAUUCCUUCAUUUCCAUUCCAUUCUUCUCCAUUCCUCUCUUGAUCCCUUCUGGAGUCCCACAGGGAGGUCAUUUAUCGCCUAUCCUAUUUUUGUGACAGUGCAGACAAUUAGGGAUUUAGGUAUCUGAUCUUUUUUUCAAUGAACAUAUCGAUACUAUUUGUCUUAAAGCUUACAGAAAUUUAGGAUGUUUGAAUAGAAAUUGUGAUGAGUUUUAUAACAUACACUGCUUAAGAACUUUGCACUAUGCCUUAGUACGCUCUGCUCUUGAAUUAGGUUCAGUUGUCUGGAACCCUAUGCAACAAGGCCAUACGACCAAAAUUUUCUUCGCAUGAUUGAACAUUUAAUUAAUUUGACCGGUUAUCAAACUUCUGUAGUUGAGCGUUAGUGCAACAUGAAUUCAUCACAAUUUAGACGCAAUUUUAUUGAUAUACUUGUAUAUAGACUCUUAAACAGUUCCAUCAACUGUCCUAGUUUAUUGCAAAAAAUAUAUUUUAACGCAACACCAGUAAAUACUCGUAGUUCACGUUGUUUCUAUAUUAAACCUCACAAAAUAAAUUUUGUUAUGAUUAGCCCCUUAUAUCGGACCUUGAACUCCAGUAACGGUUUAAAAAAUUUUGAUUACUUUACCGAUAAUUAUCUAAAUUAAAACAAUGUAGCCUUGAUAUAGCUUAAGCUUAGUAUUUAAUAAUUUAGCAUUUAAUUAAUUUGUUUUUAUGUAAAUAUUAUGUGUACUGUUAUAAUGACUCUUGUCCCACCGUGGGCGUAAAUUAUUUAAUUAAUAAAUAAAUAAAUAUUUGAUCAUUAUUCGAACUAUUUAUUUUUUUAUAAAACUAUUAAUUUGUUGAUUAAAGAGGUUAUUUCACCUACAUGUUUAACAUUCAAUAAUCAGUAAUCUACCUACAUUAUGAUAACCUAUUAUGGAUAGUGUACUAAAAAUAAUAUCCAAUUCAUCGUAUUAGGUUUAAUGGCAGACCUAACUAAUCUAAUCGUAUUAAUAAAUUAUCUACUAAUGAUUAAAUAUCGUAUGUUACAUAGAUAACAUCGGAAAACUAUAUAGAAUUAUUAAACAAAAAAUAUUAUCACGAAAUUUAAACACUCAUUAUUACCUGAGAUUACCUAGUAAAACGUGGUGGCUGGAAAAUAUCAAUGACGUAAGUAUAUUAUAGAAACAUAGGUAGGUAGAUACAGGGAUGUCUCCAAACCUUGACUUGAAGGGCGGGGGGCGAAAUAAUUAAUGUAAUAUUAAUGAUUGAUAAAUAAAAGACGAACAUACUUCGCACAAUGGGUGAACCAUUGUUUUGAAUGAAAAGUUGGGACGGAUAUUGAUAGAAAUUUAAUGUACAUCUGUACCUAAAACCUAAUAACUUAAAUUUAAUUGGUACUUAUAUUUAUUUAAAAAAAAAAAUACAUAUAUAUAAGUAAAGGAUCGCCUAACGGAUUUUUUAUAGUGUCUGAGGAGAAGUAUAUAAUAUAAAAACUAAAAUCGCAGUGUCACCCAAAACUAUGUUUAAAUGUAGCCAAUUGCUACACACAGAGUCAUCCUUAGAAAGGGCGAGCAGGAUCCAUACCCUGGAUCUCGUAUUCAAGAAAAAAUACAAAUUAUAAUAUAAUAAUCAAAUAAUAUAUUAAGACGAUGUUCAUAAGAACUAAAAAUAGCAAAACAAUUUUGCUAGAAAACUUUUCGAUAACGUUCUCAUAUGUCACGACGUAGUUUUAGAAAGAUAAUUGCAUCUUUGUUCAGAAAUAAAUUGACAUUUUUAUGGCUUAAAAAAUAGAGUGGUGUUUGCAGAAUUCAAAGAUUUUUUGUAGUUAUUACGGCCUUUAUUUUUUUCCUGUAAACAACUUUACUACCAGCCAUUUUGCUCUGAUUUAAAAAGACAGCACUUUUUCUGAAAUUAAAUCGUUCUGAGGAAGUACUUUAGGGAAUAAUUUUUUGAUUUUCUCAGAAGUUUUCUCAAUAAAUUGGCAAAAUCAGGAAAAAUACGAGAAAUCCGAAAGAACAGGAACAAUUGGAAAAAUCGAUACAAUAUCAAACAAAUAUUGUUAAAGAAAAUGUUUAAUGUAUUUGUAAUUAUUUUACCAAAUAUGACAUAUGUAUUAUUAACAAAGCAACACUAUCUUCCAAACUACGCUCAGAACCGUUUUUUCGUUAGCAAUGCUUACAGAUAAACAUUAAAUUCCCGUCUAUAUCCUACCUUCUCAACUUCCCACCUACAACAGUGACUGCACCCGACACCAUUAUCCUAAAAAAGCUUUUUCUAGUUAAUAUUACUCAGCUGCUGAACGAAUUAGUCUUAAAGCUUCAAGAUGCAAACUCGUUAAUUUCCAAUAUUUAUAAUAACAUCAAAGCUUUUUAUUUAAAAUUAUCAUUAUUUACAAAAUAAUUUUGUUUGAAAAUUAAAUUAUAAAAAUUUAUGCUACGUUACCAAAGGAGACUUUUAUUAAUCUCAAAAAAUAUGUACAUAAAAUGGAUUUAAUAUUCUCUAUACUCUACUUACCUAUGUGAGUAACUUUUAUGAAGAUCUCUAAUCUAUAGCUUUAGUAAAGUUAGGUAACACAAAGACGAAAAUCAUUAGUUUUAAUCGCAGACCAUGGGUCUUUGCUUUAGAUAUCUAUUAAAAACUAAUAACUAUAAAAGAAAAAGUGAUUAAACUGGUAACGAAUGAACUACUGUUUUAGGUAGGAAGUUGAAAGGGUAGGACACACAUAAAGUUAUUUCAUUAAUAUCUGUAAGCAAAUAUAAACGAAAAACGAUUCGGAGUGAAUUUCGGUUAUACAUGUUUUAAAAGGCCAUGUUAACGAUUUUCGUCAAAAUAUGAUAUUAAAUUUCUUAAAAAAAAAAAUACUACAUAACUCAAUUUUAUAUUUUUGUCCGUAAAGUAUGACUUAUAAUGAUAACCUCCUGUUGAAUUGUCAAACAUUUCUAUUUGAUCAAUCAAUUUCAUCCACAAAGUAACUACUGAAUACAAAUUACUUAAAAAACUGGCAAAUUUUAAAUGUCUAUAAAUAACUCAAAAAUAACUCAAAUGUUUUAAAAAUGUUACCACGUCUAGAAAAAUUUAAAAUUUCUGCCAUUAAAUCUGCGUUGAAAAAAUGUUUUUACAUUUUUCAAGGCUUUUUUGUCGUUUACGGGUUUUUUUUUUUGUGAUUUUAAAAGCAUAUAAAUCCAAUAUCUAAUCAUAAGUUAUUAUCAUAUAUAGUAAUUAAAAUGUAAUGCAUAUCAAAACUGUAACAAAAAUAUUCUCUAGUCUAACCUUUUUUUUUAAAAGGGGAUGAAGGAUAUUUGUUAUUUGAAAAUCCCAAGUGUACACUCAUUUAAUGUACAAACUAAAUAUAUUUAGAGUAGGGACAUAUGCAACUUAUAUAUUAUUCAAGACAUAUUAACAAUGAAACAAAUUAAAUAAACAAUAAAAUCAAGCGAAAAUGUUCAAAGGUACAUAAAAUUAUGAAUCAUUAUGAUAAUAAACCUUCGGUAAAAUAUAAUAUUAUAAAACAAUUUUUAUUUACACAAUGACUCAAGGACAAUAUAAUUUUCAAAAAAAGUCCAACGUAUUUAAUUUCAAUUUUUCAGUUAACUCAAUAACAUUGUACUGUAGGUACUAUAGGUAGGUACGAAUAUAAUUGAAAAUAUUAGAUAAUUAAUGUUUAGGUACACCUAGUUUUAAUGUAAUAAUUGUAGUUUUUUUUAAUUAAGUUUCGACCUUUCUCACGAUUCAUUCACUCGUAAUUCACGUGUUAAUUAUAAAUAUGUAUUUUUUAAAUAUUCAAUACUUGUACAAUAUUGAUAUGUUAUUAUAAGCUACCUAUUAUUUAGAGGUACCUAUUACAAAUCGUACAACAUAAUACACAUAUAAAUAAUAUUAAUAUUAUGAUACUAUCCACUUUAAUCGGUAUUUCGAGAAUCGAAUGUGUAAGAAUUUAUAUCGAUAUACAGCAUUUAUAUUUUUAAAAAUUGCAAGUUGAUAUUCUAAGUUUAAUAAUGAUUUAAAUAAUUACAACGAAUAUGCAGGAGUACGCGUUUAAAUCAUCGUUUAUACUGCUGCAAUCACUAUAAUUUGUACAAAUAUUUUACGUUUAAUUAUGCAUUUGUAAUGUACCUACGUCUUGCAAACGAUAAUAAUAGUGUGUUAACAAAUGCGUAGGUAUGUUGUUUAUUAUAAUAAUACAUACAUAAACUAACUGGGUUACCCUAUAGACUAUAACAUUAUUCUAAGUAAGAACACAUGUUCAAUAUCUAGUUUUAGUCUACGACAAAAAUGUAAAAAUCACUAAUAAAUAUGUUUAUAAUACUGAAUAACAGUGCAACAAUUACGUUUGACAAUAAAUUAUCGAAUUAAAUAUAUUAUUAUUUAUUAUAUUUAAUUCGUUAAUAAUUUAUUGUGUUUGUAUUGUAGACAACAAGAACACACUCGUUUGCCUUGACCCUGUCAAAUUAAAAACUAUAUAAUAAUUGCGUUACUAAAUUGUUUCAUUAGGAUGUUAUAAUUAAAUAUUAUUUUGUUAUUAGUUUGACAAUGAUGUUUGUAUUUUAAUAUUGUUCAGUUUUCUUAGAAAACACCAACAGAGGCUUUAGUUUCAAUACUUUUAAAGACCUAUGGUGCAACGGUUCUUAGUAAUGAGCAGUCAUUUUUCCAUAUAUUUUAAUAUGUUUAAGGAAAAUUGUGCUCCCGAUAAUUUAAGUUUUAUUUUGUCAGUCAAAUAGUUUUUUUAGGGUCAGUUAAAUAUGAUCACAAAAAAGGGGUUUGUAUGCACCUUACGGUUCUGCAAACCAUAAAUCAUUAAUGCAAAUAGUGAUGGCUUGGAAGUUAAGCUCCAAAACUCAUCCCAAUCCUCCCAAAAUAAUGUCUUUAACAAGUUAAAGCAUCAAUAUUGUAGGGGCUUAGCCCCCCGAAAUAUAUUGGACUAUUUACGCCUAUACUCUGAACACAACUUCUGGCUCUGUUACGAUUGAUACAUUGAGAUGGCCUGCAUGCUUAAAAGUACUUAGAUAGGUAAUAAUAAAGUACUUUAAGUUACUUUAAUAAAUAUGAAACUUAACAAAAAUUAUACCACUUUAGAGUUAAUGACAAUAUAUUGAAAAACUAACAAAUACGAGCAAGCAUUAAAAUUUGAUUUUUAUUUUUUAAUAGUAUUUUAAAUUCAAUGAUUUAUCUUUGUCUUGCGUUUUUAAAUAGCAAUAAAAUACACAUAACUAUUAGUUAGGGUGAUUGGGCUACAGCCAUACAAUGAAGUCAUUUUUUUUUUAUUGAUUAUGUACGUAAUUGAUAGCUUCGUUUGUUUUUAAAUUUAUCUUGUUAAACAAUAUUUCCUAAUCUAACCUAUAUUUUGUUUGUAAUAUGCAUUGACGCAACUAAAAGCUUGUAUACGCAUUUAUUUAUUAAGUCCUUCUAAAUAAUCAAAUCUUGAGUAAAUUAAAAUAAAAAAAACUAAUGGAGGCUUUAAGCGAAUUUGUAUGCCGGGCUAAACACCUCCUCAAUUGAAGCUAUGGCGAUGUGCAUUGGAUAGAUGGUAGGAUUAAAUGUAUAUACAUAGCCAUAGCCAGGACCUAGAAGUCUACGAACGUCUGUAUCAAAAUACGAGUAUAAGCGUUUGAAAGAAAUUAAAUGAAUCAUGAAAUAUUAUAUGAUGUGUGUCUGCAUGUUAGAUUUCAAAGGAAGUAAAUGCUUUUCUUACAUGCUUAUAAUGAGUACUCAUGACGUAAGUGAUGUAUUAUAAAGCCAAUAAUUCGGAUACAUACGUAUAGAUUAUUUCUUCUUUUUAAUCUGGGUACUAAUUUAAAUAUUUCAUCAUAAAUAGUUAUACCAACAUAAUAGCUAUAAUAAUGAUAAAAGUACUAUACAAUAUAUAAUUUUAUAUUUUAUAAUAUAGUUUUAUAUUAUAUACCUGAAACAUAUUAUUUUUUUUUUUUUCAUAAAAAUGUUUACAGUUGAAUAAAUCGAAACAAUUAUAAUCAAAUACUAUAUUUUAUACGUGUUAAAACUAAUUAAAAUAAAAAAUGUCCUCCGUCCGUAUACAGUAUUUUAAACAAAAUAUAUUAUUUUAACAUAAUAUAACAGCGCGUUUAAAAAAAAUAAUUGCAAUUUAUAAAGUAUGUACACUUAUAAUAACUUUUGUUAUAGCGUGUUUCACUCAAAUGGUGAUACAACAUAUUUCAGCCGGAUGAACUUAAAUUAAAAUGAUUUUUUUUUUAGAAAUAGAUUCCAUAUACAUACAUACAAACACAUACAUUUUUAGUCUGAAAUAUAUUCAAAAUUAUAAUUCGUGCAUACACAACUCGUAAAACUCACAUUUUCCUAAAUUUAAAUAUCCAAUUCAAAUACAUAGUUCUAUAUUUUGACAAACAACUUUAACUAGUACAAUUUAAUUUAAUUUAAAAUUAAUUUCAAAAAAAAAUUUUUUUCAAAAAAAAUUAAAACAUUAAUUUUCAAGUAGCAAUUUAUGAUAACUGUUUUACGAGGAAAAGAAUAUUUAGUAAAGGUAAUUGUAAAAUUACAAACACAUAAUAAUAUGAUUAACAUAUUAUGCAUUACAUUUUUAAAUAAAUUAUAGUUGGCUGAUCUUAGACGAUUUUAGUGAUAGAAAUAAAUUAAAUUUUUACUUUCAAAAAAAGGAUAUUCGAAUCUGAUGUUUAUAUUUAAGUAAAUGAAAAUUAUACUGCACACAAAUUUUAAAAUUUUAAACAGGUUUAAAACGUGCAUUUUGGAACCCUCGAUAUUUCUGUAAAAAAAAAAACCCCUCUGAAUGCAACCAGGUGGAAUAUUGCACGUUACCGUUUGAGUGAAGCACUCUGUAUGUAUAUAAUAUCUGUUAAAGUUAACUCAAUUAAUUUCAAGUUGUAUUGUGUACGAAAAAUAUGUACACAUUUGUUUAUUUCAAAUCAAAAAUGAUACCGCUUAAUUGCCACCAAUUUUAAGGGAAGGUAGCCACAAUAUGACGCACUACAUACUAUAAUUUACAAUAUUAUGUUCUACACAUAAAUUUUGUGGUAAAUAUAUUUUGUUAUUAUAAUAAUAACGUAUUAUUAUUAUUCGUCAAACCAUUUUAUAAUAUUGUUACGUCUUUGGAUAAAAUAUAACAGAAGUAAUGCUAUGUAUUCGCAGUUUUAUGCGUAAAAUGAUACAACUAAAUAUUUAAAUAAUCUACUUUUCCGUCCGCCGUCACUGCGGUAUUUCCUUAGAAGAGUAGGUGAACCGAAAUCUGAUAGGACCACCUACAUCUGACGUAUUAUUAUCACAAACAGUCAAAUAAUUUUUAAACAAAUAUUAUUCUUAAUAUGACGUACAUAUUCGAUUACGUUCAUAAUGGUUGUAAAAAAUAUUUCUUUUUUUUUUUUUUUUAGACCUCGAGAUUUGUUACACAGGUAAAAUAAAUAUUUUGAUUGAACUAUAUUAUUAACAUAAUAUUAGAUAAUAAUAAUGAAUAAAUAAACAUAUAGGUAUACAUAUAGGUAUACAUAUAGGUAUCACAUCACUAAUAAACGACUACCCGUUAUCAAAACAUGCACUCGGUGAAUUCUACGUUUUUGUAUUAAACGCCUAUAAUUGAAGUAAUAUUAGGUAAUGCGUUGUUCAGAAAAAAAUAAAAAAUACACAUUUUAGUUUUUGAACGGAACGAGGAAAUAUUGGUUUUACAAUGAUGUUAAUUUAUUUUUUUUUUAUCUGUGAAUAACUUUUCUACUAGAAAUUUUACUCAAAUUUUCAACUGUAGCACUUUUUAUCAAAGGAAAUCUGAUCGAGAUGGUAUUUAAGGAUGCAAUUUUUUUGAUUUUUCCAGGGGCUUUCAUAAUAAAUGUGGAAAACCAGGAAAAACGGGAAAAUCUACGAAAUUUAUUAUUUUCAAAUCGUAAAAAUUACGACUUUUUAAACAUUUACAACCGAACUCCGCUCAGAACCGUUUCUCGUUAGCAAAAAUGAAUUUUUGUGUACAGAUAUACGUUAAAUUACCUUUAUAUCCUACCUUCCCAACUUUUCACCUACAACGUGGCCCACUCAUCGUUCAAAGUAUGUCCGUAUCAUUUUAACUAUAUUUUUAAUAGAACUUUGACAAUAAUAGCGUUUGCCGUCUCUGUUUUCUUAACGAACAACAUUGUAAAAAUUAAGUCACGUUAUUAAUUGACGACCACAUUAAUUACUUACUAUAAAACUUUUUAAUAUCUUAUUCUCAGAUAAUCUCUAUUCGUACUAAAUUAACUAUUUGUAUUGAAAAAAUAUUUUUAAAAAUCACCACGUUAAAACGUAUAAAAAUAUGUUGUCUUUAAUUUGGUGAAAUAGUGUUCAUUUUAUAUCCAUUAAUCAUGAAAGCCUAGACAAAACCGAAUUACGAUCAUAGUUAUAACCCUCUUCACAUAGCUGCUCGGUUUUAAAAACCCCCUAACACACUCCCCCUAAUUCAUUUCUAUGCCUAAUAUUGGAACUCCGAAAACACAAUUUUAUAAUUUACAAUAAAAAAUUAGUUUUUUCAUCAAUUAAACCCGUACUGUUAAAUUCUAUAAAAUAGGUAAUUAUUUUAUUAAGAAAUUAAUUAGGUAUUAAGAUUGACCUGAGCGGAAAUAGGGAAUCGAACCAAGUUUAAUCUAUAUUAACUUGUAUAAAGUAAAAAAAAACCUCAAUAAAUAAUUUUUAAUAAAACCAGUCCAUUAAAUCGUUUAUCACGUCAUUGAUAACAAUGUAUUCAAUUAUAACAUACGCCCCUCUCCUUAUGAACUUUGAAUAACUUCCGAAGGUAUUAAAACUUUAGUCAACAAUACAUUAAGUUAUAAUUUAUAACUUAUAUCGUGUAAGUACGACUGUGUAUGAAAAAAACCCUUAUAAAUAAACAAGUUUUUAUUUCACAACAAUCACUAUACUGAAUUUCUUUGCUUUAUCGGAAACUUUGGCAAGAUCUAGAUAAAUUCCAUAGAUUUUUCCUCGGUUUUCUACAUUGAGUUCACGACAUUUGAUAGAAACUAAGCCAAGUUUGUUAUCGUCAAUAUAUAUAUGUAUAUAAAAAAGAGCUGAUACUGGGGAUGGGAGCGGCCACUGUUGUAGGUGAGAAGUUGGGAAGUUGGGAAGGUUAUCUUACCUUCCCAACUUAAGGUUAUUUCAUUUACAUUUGCAAGUAACGAUAAACCAUCGCUUGACGAAAGACGAUUCCGAGAACAGUUCGGUAAUACAUAAUUUGGUGUACCGUAAUUUUUUUGAGAUUUUCGUUUAAUUAAAUUUGAUUUCAAAAUGCUCAUUAAAAAAAAAAUGUCAUCUGAUGAUUUUGGAAGUUAUAACACGUCUAGGUAAGUCCAAUACAAGUAUUAUUACCGUGUUUCAAGUCUCUACGUGUAUUAAUAACCGAAUUACAGCAAAAAACUCUUAAAAAUUAAAAUUUCUUAAAAAACUCAAUAUUUGCUGAAAAGUUUUGGCAAUGAUACCGUAAGAAAGUAAAUCAAAGGGACAANAGUUUUUUCCCACUUAAUUGCUUUUAUUUAAUAAAUGAAAUCAAAAAAAUUACCUUUUUAUAGUACAAUAUAGACAACUUGAACUUUCAGAAAAGUUGUGGUUCGUAAAGAUCGGAGCAAGUUUACCAGAAAAAAACAUGUCUACAAACUAGAACAAAGAGAAAAAUAAUACAAAUAAACAGCAUUGUAAAAUCAAUAGCUCCCUCGCUACGCUCGGAAUCUAAAAUAGAAUCUACUUCGGAUUUGCAGUCAAUGCGAGCUUAAUUUAUUCAUUUUAUUAGAAAUCACUGCAAACGAUAAUAAGUAUAGGAAGAUUUCGAGGACAAAAAUAUGAAUUACAGCUGAGUCUACUCAUGAGUGAUGGGAUAAAGACGAAAAAACUGGUGUUUUGCUAAAUCGCCUGUUAGAAACACAAAGACGAUAUAGUGUCAUCUGCUCAAGGAUUUUUAUGUAUAUUAUGGUGACAGUCAAUACAGAUUUUCGAUUCUAAUGCGAAAUUUCGUUUAGAAAAAAGAAAUAAAAAAUAAUUUGAGAAUAUUUUCUACACUACUUCGGACUUUUAUACUUAAAACGAAUCCAAACAACAUUUAUAUUUUUAUAUCGAAAUAUUUAUGAAGAAAGAAAAAAGGUACCUACUGUCCAUUUAAUUUGAAAUAUACAAAUAUACUUUAACUAAUAUAAACCUGUCUCGCGAUGCGAUCAAAUAAGUUUAAACACUAUAGCAAUGCAGCACGUGCGUUGCCCCAUGACCGCGACAACCGAAUUAAUGUACAAAAUAAAUUACGUCCGUAUAACCAAUAAAAACCGGAAAUAAACAAAAAAAAACACGUUAUGAACGCCCACUAUGCAAGCGUACAAAUUCCCGGUUUCUAAACGUAUUUUAAACAAUAAGCUAUAAUUUCAUGUUUACAAUUUUUGGAAGAAUUUGGUAACCUAUAUAGUUUUAUAAUAUAAUUAUGUGUAGAUAUCUAAAUUAAUUAAUAAUAUAAAUCUUAUCAUUAUUUGCAGAUAAUUGACAAGACAUUUCUAGAAUUUUUAAAGUACUUAAAUUUUGGGACUUAUGGUUCAUUUUUAGUAAACUUGCUCCGAUUUUUACGUUUAGCAACUUUUUUAUGAGCUCAAGUUUUCUAGAUGGUACUUUGGAAAAGUUAUUUUUUGAUUUUUGACGCUUUUUUUUUUUAAAUAAAAGUACUUAACUUUUGAGGUUUUAAAGAAUUUUAAUUUUUCUGAGUUUUUUUGCUGUAACUCGGUUAUUAAUAUACGUAGAUACUUGAAACAUGGUAAUAUCUAUAUUGAACUUACCUAGAUAUAUAAAAAUGUUCAAAAUCAUCGAACUUUUUUUUUUUAAUAAUCGUUUUGAAAUUAAAUUUAAACGAAAAUCGCAAAAAAAAAUUACUACACUUAAAAUUAUGUAAUACCAAUCUGCGCUCGGAAUUGUCUUUCGUCAAGAAAUGGUUUAUCGUUGCUUACAAAUAUAAAUGAAAUAACCUUAUGUAUCCUACCUUCCCAAUUUCUCACCUACAACAGUGGCCGCUCCCAUCCCCAGUAUCAGCUCUUUUCAUAUAAUAUUAUAGCUUUGGUAUAAAUAUAUAUCCAAAUUAAUACGCAUAAAUUAUUUAAAUUAGUAAUGAUAAUAAUAUAUAUUAUAUAAAAAGGACGGACAUACUUCGCACGUGGGUGCAGUCACUGUUGUAGGUGGGAAGUUGGGAAGGUAGGAUACAGAAGGAAAUUGAAUGUACAUUUGUAAGUAACGAUAAACAAUUGCUAAAGAAAAAACUAUUCUGAGGAUUAGGUUAGGGUUCGGAGUUCAGUUGAUAGUAUUGCUUUUUCAACAAUAUAUAGGUAUGUCAUAUUAUGAUAAAAUAAUUACAAAAAUAUGCUUUUCCAUGAUAACAAUUAUCGUUUAAAAUAGAUAAUUCAUAUAAUAAAAACUUAAUAAUAACAAAAAAUAAAUAAAAGCGGUUACCAAUGACAACCUUAUUUUUAAUAUUUCAAUCUUUUUUAACCUAAAGAGCCAUGUUUCCCUCAUUAUCUCGAAUAUUAAUGAGAAUUUUUAAAAAAACAAUCUCUCUAAAUUACCACCCAGCAACAUUUCUAUACAGAAAAAGUACUAUACUUGAUGAUCGGAGUAAGCUUUCUGAUAGAAAAAGUGAACACAUAACAAAAAUGAAAAAAGAAAUAAAUAAACGUCUUUAUAAAACCAAUUACAUUCUUCACUAAAUUCAGAAUCUAAAAUUAAUCGAUAUCUUGUUGCUCGCGAUAUAACUUGAAAACAGAUGAACGAAUUUGGUUAUUUUUUUUCGUUGUGUUCAUAAUUGUCAGAAUAAAGUUUUUUAAAAAAAAAAAUUUUCGAAAAUCAACGAGAAAAGUAAAUUUAGAUUGUAUUUUUUAUGAAAACUUCAAUCAAUUUUUUUAUUUCAUUGGUAUCACCAAGAUAACCCGAAAAUCAACAAAAAUAAUUCGAUAAUUUAUGUUUAAUUCUGCUAACAUGUGUUUCCAUAACAACUGCAAAUUGAUGAUAAAUAAAAGUAAAGGUUUGUAUGAAUGAAAACUGUUGGGUAAUCUCCGGAAAAGUUGGAAAUUUAGAUGGUAUACAUGUUAUGGCGUCACGAACAAAAUAUCAGUUCAUGUAUAUUUAUAUUAUACAUGAAUAUAUGUAUACUCGUUUAUAUAGAUUAACAAUCGAGUAAUUAAUUUUAUAUAUUUAAUAUAAAUUGUCGGCAUAUACGCACUUAAAGAUAUAAAAGGAACGUCGUAUCAUCUGCAAACGACGAUAUUAUAAUAUGGUACACGCGCUCUCCCACUGUCGAGUGUCCUCAUUCCACGAUAGGUUAGGUUCCAUAGGUUAGGUUCACUUCCAUUGAAUCCACCCCUCCCCCCAAAUAAUAACCAAAAAAGAAUUUGUUCUCACUUCUGUAAUAACAUUAUAAAUAUUAUGUAAAUAAAAUAAUACUAUAUUAUUUUAAUGAUAAUAUUUUUAAUUUAAUAAAAUAAUAAUAUUUUAGUAUUAUUACUAUUAUUGUCAUUACGAAUUUGCUAUCUGGGAAUGCACUAUACUCUUUUACAUUGUUUUUCAACAUUUUUAAAUUUAUCACCCCAACAAGUGCAAAUGACUUCAUCGCCUCUCUAUGUGAAAAUUCCAUGAUUUGAUAAAUUAUAAAAUUAAAAAAAAUAAUAAUAAAUAAAUAAAAAUGGUACAUAUUAAAAGUUGCAUUUAAGCUGUCUUAAAUUUCGUUCAUAUGAAUCAUAAACAAUUACUUAUAAUAUGCGAAAAACAUUCACUACCUCCACCCUUCACUGCCUUCACUCCCUUCACAAUAACACAAGUAAUGAAAACAUUAACACAGAAAAUAUUGUUGAUCAAACUGCUAGGCAAAACGCUGCUUGAAAUAAAAAUAUUUUGCCCUUGGUCACCUAACUUGUGUUAAGUAUUAUUAUUAUUAUUUUUGUUAUUUAUAUUAUCAUUAUUUUAAUUAAUAUUUAUUUAGUGUGAAAAAAAUUAAUUUAAUUUUUAAAUUGUACUUUUUUUCUGCAUUGUGUAAUAUAUCUACAGUCUUCUAAGCUAAUAUAAGUUGAAAUGACAUCGGACAUGAAGAUUUUAGGUUUUUGUUGACUAAAGCGGUGGUAUUCGAGAGUGAAAAUUGUUAUUUUCAUAAUUGUUAAAAUUAUUUCGCCCCUCCUUCCCAUAAUCAAGGUCUGGAGACGGUCCUGGAUAUGAGAACAUUCACAAUUUUAUAUUAUGUAUUUAAAAUUAUUGUAAUUAUUUGAAAAUAAAUAAAUGCAUUUGGAAUUCUAGGAAUGCUUUUCAAAAAGAACAAAUAUUUAAGAACACAAUAAAAUGUUAUUUAUCUAGUCGUCUCUUAUUAUUAUUACAACUUUUCGUAGUUUUAAUAACCUAAUUAUUUUCUAUCUGAUUCGUCAUACGUAUUAUAUGAUAAAUAUAUAAUUAUAUUUUAAUUAGAACUAAAUUUUAAUAAUCUAAUUGUUUUUUAUGAUGCGUAUGUGGGAUUUUUUUUUUUUUUAUUGUUAUUCGUGCAAGUAUGGCGUACGUACACUACGCAUUCGGUAGAAAAAUAUGACGUUAAAUUUCACAUUAGUCAAUGAGUGAUAUCUUUUAUAUUUUUUCGGUGUUUAGAAGUGUGAAAAUAAUAACCAGAAGUAAAAUAAUAAUAUUGUAGUGCGUAAAUAGGUAACUAACGAAUAUUAUUAGAUAUGUUUACCUACAAUUUUAAUGUUAUUACAGAAUGAAGAAAUACAACUGUUGACUAACAGAGCUAGUUCAAUAGACAUCAUAAUAUUAUUAAGAUGUAUUUUCUUCGACGUGAAUCAUAUUUAAAGGCCAAAUUGGUACGUAAAUCUCCUUAUCGGAUAAAUAUUAAUAAAAGUAUUUAUAUAAAUACAGACCUAACCGUGCAACAACUAUAGUCAUGUAUGUAUGCAUGCGUUAACCUUACGCAAAAUUUAAACAGAUGAUGAAAAGGCAACUCCGAAAUUUACACACAAUAAAUAAUUUUCCUACCUAUAUUAUUCUCUGUAUUAUCUCUGCGAAUUUAAAAUUGUAUUUUCAUAAAACAAGGAAACUAAAUAUACAAUUAAUCAAAAGGUUAACGUGUAAUAUUACGUGUAUUGAAUUUUAUUCUUGACGUUUUCAUAAACGUUUGUUGCUAUCCAAUAUAUAUUUAUAUAUUUAUACUAUAUUUAUAUAUUUAUAUAUUUAUAUUAUAUUAAUAUACAUUUAUGUACCUACCUGUCUAUAUUCCGAUUUUAACUUACAUGAAUAUAAUAACAUAUCUAUAGUAGUUAUAGCCAGUUUUUUUUUUCUUCGUAAAAUUUAUCAGCUGUAUUAGCGAUAAAACUAUACUAUAAAUGACCGUGCGAUAUUUUUAAAAUACCUAUUCAUUCAUUAUUUAUUUAGAAGAGGCAGUUGCCCAUUUACACGGAACGUAAAGUAGUAGGUAAUAUACAGUUUUUAAAAAUUAGGAUGUACAUGUGAAUUAAGAAAUUAUUCUAUUUAAAUAUACAUUGAACGAAUUAACAGUUGCCUGUGAAAAAAUAUCAACAUUAAACUUAUUAACUAGAUUCAUACAUUUAAUAAUAGGAGUAUUUGCACCACAGUUUGUGGACUGGAAUGGUACAUAAAAUGUGUGAAUUUGUCUAGUGUUGCGAUUAGUGGUACUGAAAAGUCUAAUUUAACUAGAAAAAUUGGACAAUCAAUUUGUCCAUUAAUUAAUUCAAAAAUGAAGAGGAGAUCAAACCUUAUUCUUCUAGUUUCCAAUGGUUCAAGGUUUAAAAAAAUUAAUAAUGGGAGAUAAGAGGAGUGAGGCUGACGACAAAUAUCAAAUCUCAAAGAUACUAUUCUUAAAAAACAAUUAUGAACCGAUUCAAAUAUAUGAAUACUUAGUAUAACCACUCUGACGACUUAAAAUUGGAGAUGGAUACAAAUUUUAAAUAAUCGUUAUUUUAAUUUUCUAGUUGGUCUUAACAAUUACGACCUUAUUUAUAAAAACAUAUUUCCAUUAGGUAUAAAUUAUACAUGUUUAAAAUUAAAACAAACAUAAAUUUAAAUGACAAAUCUUGAUUGAUUAUGUUUGAGUGAUAUUAUAACGGGGAGGGGGGAAAUGAUAUAUCAAACUAUGCUAAAUUUACCACUAUUAUUAUUAUUAUCACUCCAAUUAAAUAAAACGUGACAACUACUAAAAAUACGCAUGCAUAAUGCACAUAUUAUUAUAAUUAUAAUUAAAUCCGAUAUUCAAAGGGAAAUAACCGUAAUACAUAGAAACAUUCAGCGGUCGUUAAAAUAACCUAACCUGUCACGUCCAGUUAGAUAUUAUAUUAUUUUUAUUUGAUUUUUUGGUGAACUUAAAAUUUAAAAUUUUAUUCAGCGAACUCGGGUAGAAUUGACGAAAAAUAAACAAAAAAAAUCUGUUUUCAAAAGUCUGUUCGCUUCACUAGAUCAAUCAGUACCUACAUUGGAAAUAAAAAUUUUAUAACGUCCUAUAGUGUACGUACGCAUACAUAUCACAGACAGAAAAUCACAGUUUUGAAACUCUUUAAAAAAAAGUUUUUCCGUCAUCAAACAAUAUUUUUCUAUCACUUAAGAAGAUCAGACAGAAGAUAAUAUAAUAUACAAUUUGAGAUGUACAGUCUAGCGGUUGCAUAACGUGGAUUUAAAAUCGAAUUAUUAUUACUAUGUAACUAUAAUAAUAUUAUGUUGUGGCUAAUAAAAUGUUAUGUAAAAUGUUUGUAGUCAUAUGGCUAAAAACCAAAAAAAAAAACUGUUCUGUUCGGAGAUCUGUUUACACUCGAGGCCGUGACGGACAAACGUCCAGUAUACUUUACACUUCCGCUGUCUGUGCAAUUAAAUAUAUAUGAGAUAUUGUAUAUCAUUUAGGAUAAUAAAACAUAGUUGUUACUCGAUUAUUGUUGCAGGUAAUUUAAAUAUUACUGGCUACGAUAUGUAAUUUCUAUGUGGGUACAUAAUAAUAAUACACAGUACACAAAACGAAUAUCGAAUUCAAUUUGUCAAACGAGAAAAUUUUAACGAGGCUAUCAGGUAUAUAGGUACAGGCUAUAUACGAGUAGGUACAAAUUGUUUCUGACGUAGGUAUAAAUAUAUGUAAUAUUAUCACGUCUUAAUAGAGUUUAUUUGAAUCCAACUAUUAUAUUAAUAUUAUAUUAUAUCAAUAUGAUAUAUAAUUUCACGUUAGGUGUGAUCGUUAACACAAUGGGAGGGGGGGGGGAAGUAGCUAAUAUUUAGCAUAAAUUGUCAUUAUAAUUUUUAUUUAAUUUUUGAACCCGGUUUAGUGACCUUUUUCACUCAGGUAAUAUUUUCGAUAUAUGAAAUUAAUUGAAUAAAAAAAACAUAAUCUAUACAUAAAAAAAAAAAAAAACAUUAACAACCGAUAUUGUGUAUUCAAUAAUACACAAUUAACAUAACUGAUAAUCACUUAGACACAUACAGAUACACAUACACACACACACACACAGAUAAAAGUCGAUUUAUUUAGAUUAUAAGGAAUUGUUUUCAGUUGCAAACUAUUGCUCCAGUAUAACACAUUGAUAUUUCUAUAUUAUAUUAACACGAGUAUACCUGUUAGGUGCCUCCUUGGAAAUAUUUUAUUUUUAUACAAUUAUUAUUGUCAUACAGUUGAUAAUUACUAUCACAUAAACAAAAGUAUAUUUUAAUUUGUUUGAUAAUUUAAUUCGUUUAAAUGGCGUGUGUUGAUAAUUGUUUAUCGGUAACGCAAAAGAUACUCAAACAAAAAAAGGUAAGCAUGUAUUAACACUUAAAAAGAUUGUUAAAAAAAAAAAAAAAAACAAUAUUAAUUAAUUUAUUUGUAUAAGAAAGUUCAAUUUGUAUUAAACUAUAAUAUUAUAUUAUGUUAUUGGCUAUAUCAUAAUUUUUUGUCAAGUUUUCAAUGUUAUUUAAAAAUAGGUGAGAAGUUUAAAAGGUGCAUGAAAUAUAAAGUUAUUCAAUAAUAUUAACGAUUCAUCAUUGUAAUCUAAAAAUGAUUCUGAGCUUCUAGUAUUUUUUUCCCUUUUUUGUAGCCAAGGCUAAAAAUCUAAAAAUCAAUAAAAAUAGAACCUAUGCACAUCGACAUAUUUAAUUUUUUUAACGUUUUUAAAUUUUAAGAAAAGUUUUUUACCUAAAUUUAUUUUUUUUUCGUUUCUUUCCCUGGUUUUUCCAAAAUAUUAUUAAAACUGCAAGAUAAAUCCACCUCAGUCCGCCAACUAGAUCUAAAAUUCUACCAAAAACUUUCCAUAUGGUCUUUUUAAUUUGAACAUUCCGCUCGACUCAAAAUAUUAAAUUUGAAAACAACUUUAAUACAUACAUAUUUAUUUAAUUUUUAAUUUAACGUUUUAAAACUGCUAAACGUGCUGAAACUAAAAUAAAGUACAUCAUAAAUUUAAGUUUUCUUUAUUCCCUCCCAUUAACGAGGAAUUCUUUUAACUUUUAUUCAGUUAACUGACGAUACCGUAGGCUCAUGACAUAAUUUGAAUAUUAUUCGUACAAUUAUUAUAUUUUUCACAACGGUUAUCUCGUUUAAACUAAUUAUAUCCAAACGAGUGGUGAGUGGAUAUACCUAUACCUAUAGUAAACAAAACUUAAUGAACUACUGAAAUUUUGUUACAGACAUGCAGAAAAUUGUAUAGUAUUCAACAUUUAUUGGCGAAAAGAAAUCAAUCAACUUUAUCACAAAACGAUCCUGAAAAGGUAAACAUAAUUUGAUGAAUUAUUUCAUAUUUUUUUCACACAUAACCAAUGACCAUUAUAUAACAUUAUAAACUAAAGUGCAAUCAUAAUAAAAUAAAUAUUAACAUGUCCUUAAAAUGUAUUUUUUUUAAUAUAUAUUAACUGUACGUAUUAUAUUAGACGUAUAUAUUGAAAAUAGGAGUAGGUUAGGUUAUGCGCAUACAUUAUUUUCAGAAAUUUUAACGCAAUAGUAUCUAACUUGACCAACUAUUUGAUACGCCACGAACCUUGCUGAACAUUUUCAGAUCGUUUAAAGCUAAGCUAAACACGUGGUCGGUUGUAAAAAAAAAUAUACUGGCAAUCAAUUGAAUAAAAAUACACGAUGCGGAAUUUUAACCUACGACUUCGCGUCAGCGAUGGGCACAUAAUCUCGUUUAAGUUAUCGCAGUAUUAACAUUUUCACUCAAUAUACACUUCUACAUUGGGUUUUUUCGCAAAUUAUAACACACAUUUCAACAUUUGAAGUGGAAAAAAGCCCCUUUCAAUCAACUAUAAAAAAAAAAAAAACCUAAAACUUAUAAAAGUUAGAAGAAUUCUAUAGUAAUAAGAAGAAUAACAUAUUUUUAAAUAAUCCACUCUUUUUAACUUGAAAAAAAAACAGUAUGUAUAAAAUAAUAAAUACUAAUAUUUUAACAAAUUCGCGUUAGCUAUAUUUGUUUAAAACCAAAAUAAAUAACAUACUUUAUAUAAUAAUUAUAUUAAUGAUUAAAGUUUUUAUUUUAACACAAUCUACUCAAUCGUUAUGGAAGAAAGAAAUUUGAAUUUGCUCAUAAAUAAAAUCCUUACGGUUAAAUUCUAUAAAUAAUUAUUUAAAUUAGAGAUUAAUUAGGUUAUAUAGAAUUGGCCUAAGAUUAAAUGAGUAUUAGGAUUGAUCUGAGAUUAAGUACCUAGGAAAUCGGACAACGAUCGAUCCAUAUGCUCACAAAAUCCUAAAACUUAUAUACCGAAUAAAAAAAAAAGUCUCAUCAGUAAUUGUCUUAUUAUUCCAGUCCAUUUAAUCGUUUAUCACGUCGUUGAUAACAAUGUAUUGAAUCAAAAUAUAUUAUACCCCCUCCUUAUGAAUUUUAAACAAUUCCGUAUAGGACCUAAUUAUAAUACUUAUAAUAUAGGUAUUAUAACUUUAGCUAACAAUACAUUUUAUAAUGUACUUUUAAAUUAUAACUUCUGUCGUACAAGUACGACUAUUUGUACAAAAUUCGAAUAAUUAAAGUUGCAUAAGAAUCGAUACAAUAAAUUUCUUUACUUUAUCGGAAACUUUGGAAAAAUAAAGAUUCCAUUGAUUUUUCCCCAGUGCUCUACCAUGAAGUGUUCACGUUUGUCCAAAACUAAGCGAAGUUUACGUUGUAUGCAGUAAUGGAAUCUAUUUUAGGAGUUGCUGUCAGUGCGAACAUAGUUUAACGUUGUACUAAAGAUCACUACAAACGAUGACAAGGGUAGGGAGAUUUGAAAUGCGAAAAUUAAAGUUGCAGCUAAUUCUAAACUUGCCUGAUGGAAUAGAUUAGUACAUAAAAUAAAAGAAGGGUCCGAUAAUGGAAACGGGUGCAGCUGGUGUAAGUGAGAAGUUAGGAAGGUAGGAUAUAGACAGGAAUUUAAUGUAUAUCUGUAGACAAAGAUAAACCAUUACUAACAAAAAACUAUUCUGAGCGGAGUUCAGUAGAUAGUGAUGCUUGGUCAACAAUAUAUAUGUAAUUUUAAGGUAAAAUAAUUAAAUGGACAUUAUAUAUUUUCUUUAAUAAUAUUUAUUUAAUGUUGUACUGAUUUUCCUGUUUUUCUACAUUUUAACCUCCCUAUAGUACCAGCCCAAGAAAAUUUUCUUUCAGGAAAGGGUUUACAUCGUAUACAUCGGACUAAGCUUUCUGGUAAAAAAAGUGUUCACAUAAAAAAAAAAUUUUUUACAACCAAUACAUUCUUCGCUACACUCAGAAUAUAAAACAUACAAGGAAAUAGGAAUUACUUUUAACUGAUAUUUUAUAGUAUUUCUGAGAUAACAAAUAUUAAAUAUUAAUUAUGUACUAGAUUUGUACUGUUUUUUAAUAAUAAUAUAAUUUGGUCUUUCAUUGUAUGCUUGGAAUUUAAAAUUAAUUUUUUAUCUCAAGUUACUUUUGGAAAUAUAGAUGCGUAUAUAUUUGAAUUUACUACCUACAUCGUUUACAACAGACUUAAAUCUCUACUAGGUAUCUAUAAUUAUAGUAACAAUAUAACAUUAAUCAUUUUAUUAUUUAUAAAAUUGAAGUAAUGUUUGAUUUCAACCUUAAAAUAAUAUUAUUUACCAAAAAUACAAUUCUCAUAAGGUUAUUAGUACUAAUCAGACAAAUCAUGAUUGUGUUUUGAUUUUAUUUACAGAAUAACUUGAAACCAGAAAUCGACAUAACAGUUAGCAAAUCAUCAAAGCUUAAUGAUAAUGUCACUAAUAUCCUAAAAAGUGGUACGCAAAUUAGGUUUGGUACUAUUUUUACUGAUCAUAUGCUCAAAAUAUCUUACGACAAGCAUGCAGGAGGUUGGCAGAAACCGUAUAUCACACCGAUGGAACAUCUCUCUUUACAUCCCGCAGCUAAAGUACUCCAUUACGCCACGGAGGUACGUAUAUUUGAUUUCAAAGAUUUACAAAAAUAAAUAGCUUAACAGAUAUUCUGUAUGAUAAUAUAGAUAGGUAUGUGUUGUAAUAUAAAUAAAUACUUCAAUAAUUAAUAUUGAACCCAUUUACUAUUUAUAUUACAUGAUUGCAAUUUUACGUUAUUCGAUCGGUUCGGUUAAACAUUGCGCGGUAGUUGACUGAGUGAUGUUAAAAUAUCUAACAUAGACAUUGUUACAACACGCACUAUAAUAUUUAUAUAUAUAUAUAUUAUAGAAAAUAAGUGAAUAAAUAGAUAAAUGGUUACGGAAAUUAUUAUACCUAAGAAAAUUUAUUUAAAAAAAAACAACCGGAGCAGCAGAACUCCGUCACUUUAGAGUCGAAUUCUACCCCACUUAUUUUGAUUUAUACAAAUAUUCGUUUUAAAACAAUAAAUAACCGAUAGGUACUAACAACUAUAGAGCCGCUUGUGACAUGUAUCAUAGACAUGCAAUUAAAAAUCUCAUGCUGAAAACCGUGUAAUCGGAAGUUAACGGAAUUCACGAAAUCUAAACACGUGAAUUCACGUAUCGCGAGGAAUACGUUAAUAUCCAAAAUAAAUCAAAAAACUAUAUCCGUGUACCCGAACCACGGAUACACGGGUGUAAUAAAAAACAUGUUCUAUUGCGACCUUUACUAACAACUAUAAUACUUUACCCAGAAAACAAACAUUUUUAAAAAAUGGUCAAAUUUUGAGUAUGAAAAUGAUAUGAUGGAGCUCAAAGUUUAAAAAGAUUCAAAAUACACGUCCUUGAUACCAACGCCAAGCAUACCUACACAAAAUUUGACCAACUAGCUUUAUUUGGGGGUCUGCAAGGUUUUCAAAGCUAACAAUAUUCCUCCUUCCGCAAAAACGUAGUAAAAUUCAACCCUACUUUUAUCACUAUAGUCUACCAAUAAAAAAAUUCUAAUUCCUGUGUUUAAGCUCGUUCAAUCCAGGGAGAGCCGCUAAAUAUAAAUAGACCUAUAUAACAACAAACACAAAAGUUUCUAUUUUCUAUAAGUAAAUUCAAUUAUAUUAUGAUAUUAUACAAUUUUAGAAUUGUUUUUACCUAUUUACUUUGUAAAUAUACCUGUACUUCAAAUUUCCUAAACAAAGUUAAAAAAGACGUCCUAGGAUAAUGGGGACGGGUGCAGCCACUGUAAUAUAUAAUUUAAUGUAUGCCUGUAAGCAACAAUAAACUAUUGCUUACGAAAAAACGAUUCUAAAAGAAGUUCAGUUGAUAGUGAUACUUCGUCAACAAUAUAUAUGUCAUAUUAUAUUAAAACAAUUAAAUAGGCUUUAUAAUUUUUUUUUUUAAAUAAUAUUUGUUUAUUAUUGUACUGAUUUUCUCAAUUUUUCCGGUUUUCUCAUGUUUUAUCCCGGUUUUUCUGCACAUUUUCUUGGGAAAAUCGAAAAAUGACCUAUUUAAAGUACGUUCCCAAUCAAAUUUCCUUUCGGAAAAAUUGCUAUCAUUAUAAAUCGAAGCCAAAUUAUUUGUAGAAAAGUUGUUUACAGGAAAAAAAAAGGGCCGUAAUAUAUUUUACCUAAUACCUACAUUUUAUUAUAUUUUCCCGUGUUUCUUCUGUUUUUUCUGUUUUUCAAAUUUGAUGAGAAAAAAUCGAAAAAUGACCUUUCUAGAGUACUUACACAUACCGAUUUCCUGAAAGGAAAUCGGUAUGCUACACAAAAAAAUCAGAGCAAGUCUUCUGGUAGAUUCUGAUGAUUCUUCGAAUCGUAUCAUACUUGAAAUUGCAAUCGCUUUAUUAGAUAGGUACACUUAGAAAUGCAACGUCCAUCCUAUAUAAAUAAUGACCUCAUAAUCGUACAAUUGUUUAUCAAUUCAAUACACUCGCAUAAUAAUGUAUACUAUGUAGUUUACAUAAAUCAAUUAUCAUAAAAAUCACCUUAACCUACAUACAUUAUUAUAUUGAAAAAAUAAUAUAUACUUAGAAUAGAUGCAUUGUUUAAUAGACACAAUUUUGUAUUCCUAGCCGAAGAAGUAUAAAAAUAAAUGUAUAUGUAUGUGAUAUAUAUGAUGUACCUAUUAAAAAUAAAAUAAUCAAAUCUGAUAGAUAUUCUAAAAUAGAUAGCGGGGUGCCUAUACAUACUCGUUAAACUAUUAUGAACCUCGUUUUCUGCGGUAAUUUUUAUGAUGGUAAAUGUGUACAUACUUUACCUAAACUAAAUACAUAAACUAAUAUACCUAAACUAAAAUACCUAUCUACACACAUAUUCACCGACGAUUAUUUACUUAUUAGUAUUAUUACCAACAACAAAUGACACAUAGAAAAUAAUAAUAUGGAAUAUACCGUAUACGUCGUAUCUAUAAAAAGACUAAUGAUGUUAUGUGAUUUUAUUUCUAAGGUUUUUGAAGGAAUGAAGGCAUACAGAUCAGUGCACGGUCACAUGAACCUAUUUCGACCAGAACUAAAUUUGAAAAGGUUAAACGUAUCAGCUAAACGGAUAGGUCUACCUGAAAUAGAACCAGAAGUAUUACUCAGCGGUAUAGAACGUUUGGUGUCAAUCGACAACGAAUGGCUACCUGUCUCUGCUCCACUCAGUUUAUAUAUCAGACCCAACCUCAUCGGUACAGAAGUAAGUGAUACGACCACUACAAACAUAAUAUCAACUGAAAAUUAAUCAAUUGUUUUUUUUUUAUUAUUUUAAAUUUUUUUAUUACCAUGAGAAAUUUUUUUUAUCUCACUUAAAGUUAAAUUGUAAUGAAAAUAUAUUACCGUUUCCAAAGGAAAAUCCAAAGGAAAAUUUCACACCACGUAUUUUAUUUUACAUUGGUUUUUAUAAUAAAUAAUAUAUUCACUUUUGAAACCAUUAUUAUAAAUUGGUACCUAAUGUAUUUCUAAUAAAAAACAAAAAAAUACUAAUAAUAAUAGAUAAGUGUAUCACUAUACACGUAUUUAUUUAUAUAUUGUAAAAUAUAUAAAUUUCUUUUUUAUCCUUAGUUUCUUUAAAAGACCUAACCUAUACUUGUUCACUACUAACUUAGGGAACUUCAGACAUAAUAGAUAAUCAGACAAAAAAUGACAAAUAUUUUAAACUUUAGUAGGUAAUUAGUUAUUUCUUAUAUUGUAUAUUAUUUGUUCAAAUUGAAUUAUAAUUUUGUUUACAACAACUAUAGGAAAGAUAAUCUAAAGGUAAUCUAAAAAUAUUUAUGUAUUUCUCGAAUACAUACAUUAAACAUGAAGAGGUUAGGCCCGAAAUUCCAGACAAGUCAUUUUUGGUCAUUUGGUUUUACCCUCAAAAAUAAGUGUGACAAAAUAUAAAAUUAAUAUGUACCCACUUAAAUGAAUAUCACCUAGUAUGUAAUAUAAUAGAAUAAAAUCGAAUCCAAACUACGUGCCUGCCAUAUAUUAUUAUAUUUAGUACGCAUAAUGUUUUAUGAAAUAAAACCUACGUUAUAAAAAUAUAAUGUUUUUUUAUAGGGUGCUCUAGGCGUGGGACAAGCAGAUUCAGCGCUACUUUACGUAAUCAUGUGCACAGUGGGAUCAUAUUUUUCCAAUAAAUUUAAGUCUGUCCGACUGAUGGCCAACCCAAAAUUCACCAGAGCGUGGCCCGGUGGCAGUGGUGACAGUAAAAUUGGAGCCAACUACGCCACUACACUAUACCCUCAAGUAAGCCGACCGUCAUUAAACAUAUUAUUAUUAUUUAUUAAAUAUUUUCCAAAAUCAGUAAUAUAAUAUGAUAUUAAUUCUAUCCCACAUUUUUUCAAACGUUUAAGUAUAAUUUAACUGUUGUAGACUACAGCCCGCAGGAUAACAUAAUAACUAAUAGAAUAUUUAACCCUCUCUCAGAAUGAGCAUAACACAUAUCGUGGUUUAUAUUUUAGUAAACCGAAAGACGUCUUUAUACAACCUUUAUCUAAAUGAAUAAUAGAGUUAAUUAAUAAACAAAAAUCAUUCUUAACGUCCAAUUAAUAUCAGAUUUUUUAACCUACUUACUAUAAACUUUUCGUUAUACCUACGCAAUUUUAAACGUGUGAUUUAAACUUAAAUAUAAACCUAUACAUCUGUUUAUCGAUUUACACCUAUGUAUAAUGAUAUUUAUAUUUAAUAAUUAAUAAGUAAUAAUACUGAUAAGUACCUAACUUAUAAUAUUAAUUUAACAUGAAAAUAAAAAAAUUCUUCAAGUUAAAUGUUACCUUUUUGUUACUUUCUAUUUUUUCAAUUUUACCGCGGCAAUAUAAGUAUAUCGUUUAAAUUAUAAUUUAAUAAAUACUCUCUAUCGACAAAUUUUAACUGAAGGUCGAUACGUCAAUUUUAAUUACAAAUAACGUUUCGCAGCAUUUAUUACAUCAUAUUAAAAUAAAAAAAGAAAUGUAUACGCAGUCAAAUUAUUGUAUCUAAUAAACCUACAUACGUACAUUUAAAUAAGAUUAAAUACAAUUUCAAUCAGCCCAUUCAUUAAAAAAAUCUAAAAAUAACUUGGAUGUAGGUGACUGUAAUCGUCAUGAAAUAGAUAGAAACGUAGAAUAUUAUUGAAUAUUUUAUUAAAUUAUGACUGAAAAACAGCCAUUUAAAAUCCCGCUAACAAAUAUAGGUAACCACUUAUAAUGCGUAAAUGUAUGAUGAAAUAUUAAUCUGACACUAAUGACAUGGGUACCUUAUCAGCAUCAUGUAUUAUAGUUUUAGUAACAACGAAUGAAAAAUGUUUUUACAAUAUAUUCAUAAUUUAUUAUAUAAAAAAUGUUAAACAUAAAAGUUCUCAACCGCUUCAUAAUUAUUUAUCGCGCUUUAUUACUAUAAAUGCGGCGUAAAAUCAAUACAAUUAUUCGGUUAUUAUUUGUAAUUAUAUUGCCUAAUUAAAACGUUUAUCUCAUUUUUGAAUUCGAAUUUUUUAUCAACGUCAAACAUAUUAUAUUAUAGAAUUCGCUAUAAUAUUAAAACCUCGGUAUAGCUCCUUUAGCUUUUUAGACCUCUAUAUAAUAUGCAUGUGAUAUAAAUAAUAAUAUACCAAUAUAGUCUAUACCCUUAAUAAUCUUCCCGGGUUUAUAGUAGGUAUAUAUUAGUUGAGUGAUACAACUAUUUUUAAUAAAUUUAUUCGUACAUUAAUUUUCCAGUCCGAUGACCUAUAAUAAUAAUAACACAAAAUUUGUUAUUUUCACCUAUAUUAGAUUACCUAUACCAUUAUGUAAUUAAGAAUUUAUUUUACUUUAUUUUUACCGAUCAGGCAUAUACGUGGGAUACAAUUUGAGAAGGGGUGCAGUUUAUUGUUGGACCCUAUUAGCAUAAAAUAUAUAUGAACAAUUAAUGUAUAUAAAAGAAAAAUAUUUUGGAAGUCCUGUAUCCAUGGCGAGUUUCCUGAAAGUUUGGCUUCUCGGGAACGUCUAUCAAUUUUCGGUAAAUGUAGUCCUCCUUCGAAGUUUUUCCCAAUUUAAUCCCUGCAUAUAGGCUAUCAUUUCACAAAAAUGUAAUCAUUUACUAUUCGAAUUAAAAUAAAAUAUUAACUUGUAACUUUAUAGCCUUAGUACCUAAAAGUUAAAACAGCAUACCUAGGUAUUCACAAGUCUAAGGAUGCGUUAUGAAAAUCAAAGACGAUAUAUUAUUUUUCAAUAAUCACGUAAGUACCUCGUAGGCAGUUGUGGAUUUACGGAAGAGAGGGGAGUUUCUAGGGGGUCUGGACCCCCCCCCCCCGACACUGAUAAAAUUUCAAUAAAAUAUCGUCUAAAAAGAAGUAUCUAUUAAUUUAUCUAUUAGUUAAUAGAUUAGUAAGUAUAUAUAUACCUUAAAUAUAUACCUUUGAAAUACGUAUGAUUUUUCAAGUACCCCUCCCAGAAAUAUGUUGAAAACCCAAUUAUUGCUCGUAGAAAAUUAAUAGGUAUAUGAAAAAGUAGAAUUUUACGUGUCAAAAAUGUUAAAAUAAUAAAACCAUAUGCAAUUCGUAAUUAUAUUAUACAAUAGCUAGGGCCGCUAGGGGCUAGGGAGCAAGCGGUAACCACGGAUUAUAAUUAUAAACUUCUAUGGAAUACAAACAAUUAUAUUCCGUUUGUGGGAGGGGAACGAAACACAGAAUCGCGCAGUCACUGUUAUUAGAAAAACUAAACAUUCCGGGACAACAGCAAUGUCUUAAAAUAGACAAAAUAUAUCGUCAUUGUUAUUACAUCCUAUAAAAUGUCGCAUCAAACAAAAUCCUAUAACUAAUACUAAUCUUGUUAUUGAACUUUUAAAUACAGGAAUUAGCUUCGGAAUUAGGUUGUCAUCAAAUGUUGUGGUUAUUUGGCGAGGACCGACAGAUCACAGAAGUUGGCGCGAUGAACGUGUUUAUUUUUUACAAGAACAAAUGUGGCGGUAAUUAUAUUUACAAUACACCAUAUUAUACUUACACAACAAAUACUACCAUAGCUAGUCUACUAACCUAACCUUUAAUUAUUAAUUUUAUAAUUAAGAAUUUACAUAUUCGUACAUUUCUUGUUAUUUAUAUCUUAAUGCGAUAAUACAUUUCUUAUUCAAUAAUAGAUAAUUAUUAAUUUAUUAACGUAUAGUGAACCUGCAUUGUACAACUUAAUACCUAUUAUGAUGAUUUUUUUUUUUUAAAUCCUUAUCUAACGAGGAUUAAUAUACCUAUAGGUACAUUCAAAUAUAUACCUGUUGAAUAUUAUACAUGAUUUUUGUAAAUAUUUAGCAAAAGUAUUGGCCACUCCUCCAUUGAACGGUCUAAUAUUACCAGGCAUUACCAGGCAGUCCAUAUUGGAGUUAGCUAGAGAAUGGAAUGAGUUUUACGUCGAAGAGAGGAAUUUCACAAUGGACGAAUUAAUCGAACUCAACAAUAACAACCAAGUACGCAUUAAGUAUAAAGAAUGAAGUUAAUUACAAAAAAAAAAAUUUUAAUUUUUAAUUUUAUUAAGUUCAACAGAAUAAAUAUUUUAUUAUAGUUGAAUUCAGUGUUGGCAGCGUUCCUUUCAAAAAAUAAUUCGUUCUCGUUCCUCAUUCCAUAUUUAAUAAAAGAACUCGUUUCUUAAAAUGAAACUUCUUCCUUUUUUUUAUGAAUUCUUAAAUCAGUCCGAAAUAAUUUUUUUUUUAUUCUUAAUUUAAAAAUAUCACUAAAUAAUUUUCUUUUAAAAUAUAUACAUAUUACAUAUUUAACAUUAAAAUUGUUCGUGAGUUAUUCAUUAGUCACUUCACAAUUGUGUAGAUACCUACCUAAUUUUCAUAAUUUGCAUAAAAGUGUAGUGUGAGUUAAUCAAGUCGUCUAAAAUUGGGAACUAUCUUACUUCUUGGAAUUGAUAUAUUAAAAAUUAAAUUUAUUUCUUACCCUAAAAAAAAAAAAUUUAAAAAAAAAUGUAAAACUCCGCACAGAAUCGUUUUCCAUUAACAAUGAUUAUUCGUUGCGUACAGAUAUACAUUAAAUACCCCUCUAUAUCCUACCUUCCCAACUUCUUACCUAAAAAAUGGCCCACCCAUCGUGCAAAGUAUGUCCAUCGUUUUUUAUUUAAGUGGUACGUGACAGAUCCAUAAUACAAGUGGUACGUGGAAAAAAAAAUUUGAGAACUUCUGAUCUAGAUGGAACAUUCACCCCGAGGACUGCGAGGCGGGUCGGUCCGAACGGAUUAAAAUUGAUAGGCUGAUGUGCUAGUGUGAGAAAGCAAAUUUACACUCCGAGAACAGCCAAUUAAAACAUUAAAACGUUAGUUGUCUCAUGUGUUUCUGUCCUUGAAAUGAAACACCACCCACCGGAACGCGUUUUCAUACUGAAUUUUCCGUCUAGUUGUAUAAGCCUAUACUCGUAUAUUAAUGGAGAAAUAAUACAUUUGGCCAUUGUGGUAAUUUAUUAGUAACUGGCGAAAUGAUACCAACACUAAAUAAUUUCUAGACAAUAUUAUCACUAAAAUAACGCGCGUUUCUUGUGGUUUUUUUGUAAUAAUUGCAACGAAAAUUUACGUUCACGUUCCUCUUAAAUAGGAACUCUUUCCCGUUCCUCGAUUCUACAAUUUAAAAGGAACGCUAACCUUCCCAACACUAAUUGAAUUACUCACCUACCAGAAAUCCCAACACUAUAGGUAUUUACAUAUAGACAUUUAUACCAAAAAUGUAUAUGAUGUAUAAUAAGUAAAACUGUAACACGUUAUUAUAUAUUUUUAAAUUGAACAAUUAUUUUCAAAACAUAGUCAAAUCAGAUUAGGAAUCACUAUGAAUAACUAGAAAUAACCUUACCUAACCUAACCCAUGUCAAUAUUAUUUUACCAGACUAUUGUUAGUAAAUUUCAGUGUAUUAUAAUAUUAUUAUCGGACGUUUCAGAUACUCGAGUUCUUUGGAUCUGGUACCGCAGCAGUUAUUAGUCCAGUAUCGUCUAUAUUGUACGAAGGCGAAGACAUCAAAUUACCCACCAUGGAACAACCGACGCCGUUGUAUUCGAGACUGUAUAACGCAAUUACUGAUAUACAGUACGGUAAAAUCCCACAUCCGUGGACGAGGGUAAUAGACGAGAGACCACAUUUAUACAACUCUCAAAAUUAUAAAUACGCCAACUAAAUAAUGUGAAGACGAUUGGUUUUGCCAGCGCAUAACAUACAUUAUGUUUAGUUAUUCGUCAAGAUUCAACUAUAACUGCCUACCUACCUAUUCAAAUUUUAUAAACGUUACCUACCUACCAUGUUAUGUAUUCCAAGUCACUAUAAUUUUGUACCUACCUACUUAAAUUUGUGUACCUAGCUUCAAAACUCAAAUACAAAAAAAUACAGUCAAACGUUAUUUGGAUCCAUAUUAUGGAU